CUCCCACUACUCCUCCUCCUCCUCCUACUACUACUUUAUCCAAAGGAGAAAAUGUCAAGUCCUCUCCCCAUUUUGAUUUUCCUCCUCACUCUCCUAACUCCUCGUUUUGUCCUCUCUUCACCAGUUCAAGACCCUGAACUUGUAGUACAAGAUGUACUCAAGAGCAUCAAUGGCUCUAGGAGAAACUUGGCAUAUAUGUCUUGUGGGAGUGGGAAUCCAAUUGAUGACUGCUGGAGGUGUGACCCUAAUUGGGAGAGCAACCGCCAACGAUUAGCAGAUUGUGCAAUUGGGUUCGGUAAGGAUGCAAUCGGAGGAAGAAAUGGUCGAAUCUACGUCGUUACAGACUCCGGCGAUGAUAAUCCUGUAAACCCUAUACCAGGCACUCUUAGACAUGCUGUCAUUCAAGAUGAGCCAUUGUGGAUCAUUUUCAAGAGAGACAUGGUAAUUAGGCUUAACCAAGAACUUGUGAUGAAUUCUUUCAAGACAAUUGAUGGUAGAGGUGCAAGUGUUCACAUUGCCGGUGGGCCAUGCAUUACAAUUCACUAUGCUACCAACAUUAUCAUCCAUGGCAUUAACAUUCAUGAUUGCAAGCAAGGAGGGAAUGGCAACAUUAGAGACUCUCCUCACCAUUCCGGGUGGUGGAGAGUAUCGGACGGCGACGGAAUAGCCAUCUUUGAUAGCAAGCAUAUUUGGGUAGACCAUUGUUCGUUGUCUAACUGUAAUGAUGGACUAAUUGAUGCAAUCCAUGGCUCCACAGCUAUCACUAUUUCUAACAACUACUUUACACAUCAUGACAAAGUCAUGUUGUUGGGACACAGCGACUCUUACACUCAAGAUAAAGGCAUGCAAGUCACUAUUGCCUUUAAUCAUUUUGGUGAAGGACUAGUCCAAAGGAUGCCAAGAUGUCGACAUGGAUACUUUCACGUUGUGAACAAUGACUACACACACUGGGAAAUGUAUGCUAUCGGAGGGAGUGCUGCUCCGACAAUAAAUAGCCAAGGAAAUCGAUUUCUGGCACCGGACGUGAGAUUUAGGAAGGAAGUUACAAAGCAUGAGGAUGCACCAGAGAGUGAGUGGCGUAAUUGGAACUGGAGAUCAGAGGGGGAUUUGAUGAUGAAUGGUGCCUAUUUCAGGCAAUCCGGGGCCGGUGCAUCAUCGGUAUAUGCAAGAGCUUCUAGCCUGAGUGCAAGGCCAUCUACUCUUGUGGCUGGAAUGACUACCACAGCUGGUGCACUUAACUGUAGGAAGGGCUCUCGCUGCUAAAAAUAAUUAAUUAAGAACAAGCUAGCCAUAAUAUUAAGUAUUAUGCUCGAUCUUCUAUAAGCAAUUAAUCUUUUAUAUAUUUUGGCUAAGUAUGCAUUCACAACCUCUCUCUUUUGCUUAAUUAGUCAUUCUCUACUAUCCUUAUGAAUGAGGAAAGCAAGAGCAGAAGUGUUACGGUUUGCUUCACAUGUCAAAUGCAAAUGACUUCUGCUUUAUGUUUUGAAUGCAAAUUAUCUUCCAAAAAGACUUAUAUUUCAUAUUGUGGCAUCAAAAGUCAAGAAAAGAAAUGGAGAUCAAGCUUGU